UACAUAAACAUACGGUCCAACAUGGCCGCACAAUUUUCCAUCGUCGAUCAGAUAGGAAAUGUCAACAGACUGUGUCUUUGAUUCAACGAUUUCUUGCAUUUGAACUCCAACGUAUUCACGAAACAGGUUAUUUCGAAUAUUAUGCAGUGAACUAAUGUCAGAAGAAUGACAGAUUCAUCUAACGACACAGUUCAUGAUCAGGACUUGUUUGUAGGCAGUGCGUUGGCUAUCGGUGGCAACCUUCUGAUCAGCAUCUCCCUCAACCUACAGAAAUUUACUCACAAUCGCAACCAAGCUCGGGAGGAAUCGAUCCACUACACCCGGGACCCACUAUGGUGGCUGGGGCUGAUCCUAAUGGGGCUGGGCGAGGUGGGCAACUUCACGGCCUACGGCUUUGCCCCCGCCUCACUUGUAGCUCCCCUCGGAACAACGACUGUUGUUGCCAACCUCUUUCUAGCAGCUGUUUUCUUGAAAGAAAAGAUCCGACCUGAACACUUGUUUGGAUGUGCUCUGGCCAUCAUCGGAGCGUUUCUUCUCGUGACAUUCUCCUCUCGGAAGGAGAAAGUCUUGAGUGGAGAUGAAAUAGUGGCAGCCCUGACCCAAAUAUCGUUCCUAGUUUAUAUUGUGAUUGAGCUGGUGGCUAUCAUCGUGCUGCUCGUCCUGCUGUACAGGUUCCAGAUGAAGCUGGUUGUCAUCUACCUUCUCAUCACCUCCAUCACAGCCUCCUUCACGGUCAUCUCAGCCAAGGCAGUGUCAAGCAUGCUGAAUCUGUCAGUGGGCGGAACCUCCCAGUUUGCUCAACCCAUCUUCUAUAUCAUGCUGGUCGUGAUGGUGGCUACUGCUGUAGUGCAAGUCAAGUACCUGAACCAGGCCAUGAAGAACUUUGACUCGACGGUGGUUGUCCCCACCAACUUCGUCUUCUUCACAGUCAGUGCCAUUGUAGCAGGAAUUAUUUUUUAUAAAGAAUUCUGGGGAAUGAAUGCCUUGGAAAUCUGUAUGUUCUUAUUUGGGUGCAUCCUGUGCUUUAUCGGAGUGUACUUUGUCACCGUGAAGCGACCAGAGCCUGACAAGGACAAAGUUCUAGCCCCGCCUUCCCAAGUGGCACCAGAACUCUUCCCCUCGUGGCUGCUGGCGAGUGUCAACGUGGGGCAGGUCCAGCCAACAGGGGCCGCCACACACGGGUCCAGCAUGGACCAGGACUGUACCCCGAUCCUCACAGCCAAGGAGGGCGACAUGUCCAGCUCCCAGGAGUCCCUGGUCGGACACGAAAACUCAGCCAUAACUCUUGACACUCAGGACAACAAGAACUAUGGCGCCACAGAGAACAACAACAACAAUAACAACAACAAUGAUAACAACAACAACUGACAUGGCUGAGGUGGACCGGUGCCAUUGAAACGACUCAUAUCAACCUGUUGUUUGUUCAACAGCCAUAGAUUCAAUGAGAAGACACUUUUCACAAACAUUGCCAAAAUGGUGCAAAUGAAGUUAUUUAUGUCUGUGAAGAUUUAUCGACAUGACAUUGGCUUGUCAUCAAUGGUCAUGGUGAAUUGACUACUUGUUUCUCUGUUGUUUACUUCUGUCAGAACUUCUCCUUUGUUUCCUAUUCAGAGCACAGGCAAAUGAUUUCGUCCAAUGGGUGGUCACUUUUUUGUCAGGUGCAGCGCAUUACUCUGCUGAUAAAGAACUAUGGAGUAUUCAGUUCAUGGAGGCGUGAAAUUCCUGUUCUGUGUGAAAGUUCACCUUUCAACAUGAGAUUAAAUCAACAACAAAUAGUUGUCUGCACUAACCGCACAGAUUAUAUGAAAUUAUGAAAUGUGCUUCAAACGUGAAUGGUACAGUUUGUGCGAUCUGCAGUGUAUAGUUUGUAGAACUGAAGUAUUUGCUUGUGCUCUAAGAUAGAUAGAGAACUUGUGCCAGUCCUUCAUCGGGAAAUAAACCUACUGUCGCGAGAACAAAGAGCUUCGCCUUGCCCUUUGUUCUCGUGAUGGAAUGUUUAUAUCCUGAUAAAGUACUGGCACUCAUCCUCUCUAUAUUACAUAUCUCUUGAUGACAGUGCUAACAUAAUUGUCUGUGUAUUAGCAGUUAAUGGAAGGCAGUGGCAAGAUAUCAUUGUCCUGCUUGUUACGAGGUUGUUGGUUUAAAUGUGGGUGAGGGAUAUGUUGAUAGAGUAAGUACAGUCAUAGCUUUUAUCUGUGACAAGAUAUUUUAUACAAAAAGGUGAAAGUGAAUUUGCUGUUAUGUCUAUCAACUGUAAAUGAAAUAAUGUGAAAAAUUUUUGUUUAACAAUCACAAUCAUGUUGACACACUUCUCAUGGUGCAUUUCUUUACACAUCCAUCUCUUGACAUGGUAGUACAUGGCCAAAGGUGUAUUGAAAGGCACAUCUAUUCCGUGCUGAUAGUCAACACUAAGGGAUGGGAUGGUGAUGUCAGAGAUUUGUUCUGUAUGCCAUUCCCAAGUGUAAAGCCAUGCACUCCCUUCAUGUGUAAGUAUUUCCCUGAGUUACAGUAACACAACAUUUUACUGGAUCAACUCAGUAACACAACAUUUUACUGGAUCAACUCAGUAACACAACAUUUUACUGGAUCAACUCAGUAACACAACAUUUUACCGGAUCAACUCAGUAACACAACAUUUUACAGGGUCAACUCAGUAACACAACAUUUGACAGGGUCAACUCAGUAACACAACAUUUUACUGGGUCAACUCAGUUACACAACAUUUUACUGGAUCAACUCAGUAACACAACAUUUUACUGGAUCAACUCAGUAACACAACAUUUUACUGGGUCAACUCAGUAACACAACAUUUCACUGGAUCAACUUAGUAACACAACAUUUUACAGGGUCAACUCAGUAACACAACAUUUCACUGAAUCAACUCAGUAACACAACAUUUUACCAGAUCAACUCAGUAACACAACAUUUAACUGGAUCAACUCAGUAACACAAUAUUUUACUGGAUCAACUCAGUAACACAACAUUUUACUGGAUCAACUCAGUAACACAACAUUUUACUGGAUCAACUCAGUAACACAACAUUUUACUGGAUCAACUCAGUAACACAACAUUUUACAGGGUAAACUCAGUAACACAACAUUUAACUGGAUCAAAUCAGUAACACAACAUUUUACUGGAUCAACUCAGUAACACAACAUUUUACUGGAUCAACUCAGUAACACAACAUUUUACAGGGUAAACUCAGUAACACAACAUUUAACUGGAUCAACUCAGUAACACAACAUUUAACUGGAUCAAAUCAGUAACACAACAUUUUACUCGAUCAACUCAGUAACAACAUUUUACUGGAUCAACUCAGUUACACAACAUUUUACUGGAUCAACUCAGUAACACAACUUUUUACUGGAUCAACUCAGUAACACAACAUUUUACUGGAUCAACUCAGUAACACAACAUUUUACAGGGUAAACUCAGUAACACAACAUUUAACUGGAUCAAAUCAGUAACACAACAUUUUACUGGAUCAACUCAGUAACACAACAUUUUACUGGAUCAACUCAGUAACACAACAUUUUACAGGGUAAACUCAGUAACACAACAUUUAACUGGAUCAACUCAGUAACACAACAUUUAACUGGAUCAACUCAGUAACACAACAUUUUACAGGGUCAACUCAGUAACACAACAUUUUACUGGGUCAACUCAGUUACACAACAUUUUACUGGAUCAACUCAGUAACACAACAUUUUACUGGAUCAACUCAGUAACACAACAUUUUACUGGGUCAACUCAGUAACACAACAUUUCACUGGAUCAACUUAGUAACACAAUAUUUUACUGGAUCAACUCAGUAACACAACUUUUUACUGGAUCAACUCAGUAACACUACAUUUCACUGGAUCAACUCAGUAACACAACAUUUUACUGGAUCAACUCAGUAACACAACAUUCCAUUGAGUUUCCUAUGCUGUUACAGCUGCUCACACUCUCAUAUUUAUUUACCAUGUUUGUUUUUCUGUUGUCAUCCUGUUUUACUGGUGUUGCUUGAUGCUGCAGUAUUUACACUUCAGUCUAAAUUGUAACACUGUCAACUGCUGAUCAAGUGCAAUCCAUAUGUUAAGGUGUUUCAGUUACAGACUUUUUGCAUUUCCAUGUUGAUAUAUUUGUUAUCUUUUAAGCAUAAUCAGUUUGUAUGACACUGACAAUGGCGAAAUGCACUACCACCGUGUGUUAAUGAUCUGCUGUUACUCACAUCGGUGUAAUACUCUUUGGGUCAGACCAACCAUGACCUUCCUUGGUAGACAAGUUUUUCUUAACUCAUACAGAAGUGAGUAAAGCAAAAACAUUUUGCUAUUUUUCAAAGAACAGAUGUUUUGAAACCCUUCUCUGGUGUUUUUGUUUUGAUAAAUGAUAAUACAAGUCCCUUGAAGAUCAGACAUUUUCAAAUUAGUGUUAUGAAAUGAUUUAGUUCAAUUUUAUUUCUUUUAAGAUUAACAGCCAGUCAAGGUCUUUCCUACAGUUUAUCUUGUCAUAUAUGUCAAGAAUGUCUGUGAAACAAGAAGAUCGGUCUAGCUAUUCAGUUUAGGACAGUGUGUAUGGAAGAGUACCUUUAACUUCUUUUGAUGUGUGACUUUACUAUAUCAUAAUUUACAGAAACAUUUUCAAAAGUUAUUUUCUUAACUGAAAUAUCCUGAUACAGCUGAUAUACAAUCAUUCCUAUUUCCACAAUUAUAUGUUUUGUGUAUAUCUUCUUUCUGUUUAUGUGUUUUCGAUUUAUUUUUUUCCAACAUUCAGAUUAAUCGAAACUGGAGAAAUUAUUGCAAGUGUAUAUUAUAAAGCCUGUGUCCCUCUCAGUGUCAGUAGGCGGGGCAUUGUGUAUGUACAUAUAUAUGGUGCUGUUCAACACGGCCAGUAGUCUGGUAUUCCAUAUCAUAGCCAAAGAUAUACUCUUUAUUCCAUGUUAUCAUAGGAUGUGCAUGUAACAUUCAACAUUUUUAAAAAUUUGAAUAAUUGUUUACCUUUGUUGUAAAAGAGAUACGUUGUGCUUGGGGUAGACUGCAGUAUUUGGGUCCCCAAACCGGAAUGAAUGUUUUUUACGGAAGUUGUCUGUGCUUCUAGUAUAUACAUGUAUGUCCCUCAUGUCAAGAUUUGUUUUCAAAUGAGCAAACUUUAUGGAGUGAAUCUGUAUCGCCAGUCCACUGCUACGAGAUGUUAUAGUUCAGCUUGCAUUCCACGGCAAAUACCUGUAACCUGGUAACUUCUCGUGUUGUGACAUAUCAGCAUUAUAUCCGCAAUAUAUUUAUUACAGUUAGUGUUAUUAGGUGAAACUUUUCCUCAACUAACACCGGGGUAGAAUAGGUCCUCAGCAACCCAUGCUUGCCGUAAAAGGGGACAAACAGGAUCGGGUGGUCAGGAUCGCUGACUUGGUUGAUACAUGUCAUUGUAUCCCAAUUGUGUGGAUCGAUGCUCAUGAUAUCAACCACUGGAUUGUCUGAUCUAGACUCGAUUAUUUACAGCUAUCUUCAUAUAGCUGGAAUAUUGUUGAGUACGGCUUAAACACCAAACAAACAAACUCAACUCAAGGAUAUAUCAAAACGCAACUGACACUUGUUUUUUCCAAUUAUUUUGAAAUGCCACAUCUUACUUUUACCAGUAAUGAUAUUUGCCAUCGUGUUUCCCUGAGGAUAUUUCAUUUACAUUUAUGUUCAGGUAAACUAAGCUUAUUUUGUUGUCUUUUCAAUUCCACAUAGGGCAGUGGUAUCAUGUGUUUGUUGUGAUAUGAUACCCUAACUUACAACAGUUGUGAUAUUUAUUUGGAUCUGAUAUUCUCUUGAUGUUUUUGCCUCCAAUUGAUACUGUGAAACGUGAGCCCAAUAUUGUUGACAGAAAACUAAAUUGGAAGCCAAGCUGAGCAACGUUUGGUUCUCAAAGUUUUGAAAGGUUGGUGAGGAUGGAAUCUUUGUGUGAAGUUGAACAGUGUGCUACCAGGGAGAAUAUACCUCAAUCCACGUCACAGUAGUGGCUGUCAUACAGGAAGCCUUGUACUGGUACAGUGUGGUGCCAAAUCAGUAUGUAUACUCACCGCCAAAAGUAAUGCGAACCAUAGAAACAUAUAGAGAAGUAUGUAUGUUAACAAGAGAUGUUUUCAAUGUGUAUCACUCAAUGACAAAACUAAAAGUCAGCAGUGUCUGUAUUCUUAUCAUGAUAUGCUGCAUGUGAUUUCCAAACUUAACACGCUAAUCCUGCAUGAGACAAAAUGGUGCAUCUCGAGGCUUGGAUCUUUAACAUCACAUGUGAUGCGGUCAUGAGCGUCGGUUCAUGCAACAUUAGUUUGUUCAUUUGUGCACCGAACAAAUCUAAUAUCUAUUUCCAUCACCACAAAGGAAGCAUCUAGGAGAGUUAUUAAUACAGACUUGUAUCAAAUCUGCCCCAUGUACCGGUCGGUACCUUGAGGGACAUUUAGACAUGUCUUGAGAAAGCCUUGUUUUGUAAAAUGUUCCAACUCCAAACUACUGGAAUGUUUUUGUUCUCAUCACAAUGUAUAUCAAAUCCACAGGAUUACUUUCUGUUCCUGGAAAGUCCAAAGCUCCCAGAAAGAUGUCAACUCCUCAGCACCACUUAUAACACUAGCCUAUUAUUGACGUGACCUGUAAUGGGAUGUCCUCAGUGGUAGCGAGAACUUGUAUCCGAUUUUAUGAGAUUAAGGUAAUCUAGACAUGUGAUUAAUCCUGUUUUGUUUAUUAAAAGCAGUAAUUGUUUAUUGUUAAGCAAGUUUAUCUCUGCAGCCGUUGAAAUAUGCAGCCACUCGCUGACUCGUUUCGCAUCAAAACAUGGGGCUGUGUACUCCUGGACAUAUGACCACGGAGUACGCUGACCACAGUGUCGGAUUAACGAGACUGAUUAAUGAGUGAUUUUGGUAAUUCGUUGCAAAUUAAGUGUGUCGGAGUCGGAGUGUGAGACUGUCGGAUUAACGGGUCUAAAUAGCACUGAUUUAAUCGGCCAUUAGUGUCGGAUAAAGCCCAUUGGCGGAUGAAUGAGUGUCAGAUUAACGAGACCUGACUGUACUGGCGUAUCACGGAGAGGAAAACAUACAGGGGUUACCAGAACAUGUCUUUAUAUCCCAUCGCUUCUUCAGUCAUGUCACUUCUUGUCCACCUGCAGUAUUAUGUUUAUAUGUUUGUCUUUUUGUACACAAUGGAUAUUGAGUCCACUGUCAUAUGCUUGUGUGCUCUCAAAGAGUGUGAAAUUGUCUUGUCCAGGUAGAUCCAUUUUUUUUAAUGGUUGACAUAUGAAUGUUUUUACAGAUUAUUAGCAUAAUGAAAAUAGAAUGAAGUGUUUUAAUUAUUGUUUUAUUUGUAAAAAAAAUUACCCAGUAUUGUUAUGGUGUAGAACUUGUGGGGGGAGUUUUUGUUCGAAAGUAUGGUAGCUGCUGAACACAUCAAAAUUAGAUACCCCCAAGCCAUAUACGCUUGCUAUGGGGAUGUUAGGGUGAAAAAUUGAGAUAGGUUUCAUGUAGGGAAGAAAAAACUUGUAUGGGUUUAGUUAUUUCUUCAAAUUACAGGACCACUGUCCACUCUGGGAUCGCUGGUGCCCAACUUUGUCUUCCCUUUGGUUUUGGGAACAGAACACUUUGCUGUACUCUUGACCAUCUCUUGAUGACAAUUUCUGGGGCAGAGUAAAUCCCACUAAUGGCAGUUGUCUCCUGAUGGGAAUUAUGGAACAGAGCAAAUGCCUGGCAGGUCUAGUGUCUUAUCUUGCCUUGCCUGUUGAGCCAUGCUCUCACUAUUGACCACUGGUUUCUGUGGUCCAGACUUGACCACACUUGUAGGUUGCUAUGAUACAGUUGUAAUAUCACUGACUUGGUCUUGUAGGUUGCUAUGAUACAGUUGCAAUAUCACUGACUUGGUCUGUGUGGUCCAGACCUGACCACACUUGCUGGUUGCUAUGAUACAGUUGUAAUAUCACUGACUUGGUCUGUGUGGUCCAGACCUGACCACACUUGCUGGUUGCUAUGAUACAGUUGUAAUAUCACUGACUUGGUCUUGUAGGUUGCUAUGAUACAGUUGCAAUAUCACUGACUUGGUCUGUGUGGUCCAGACCUGACCACACUUGCUGGUUGCUAUGAUACAGUUGUAAUAUCACUGACUUGGUCUGUGUGGUCCAGACCUGACCACACUUGCUGGUUGCUAUGAUACAGUUGUAAUAUCACUGACUUGGUCUUGUAGGUUGCUAUGAUACAGUUGCAAUAUCACUGACUUGGUCUCUGUGGUCCAGACCUGACCACACUUGCAGGUUGCUAUGAUACACUUGUAAUAUCACUGACUGGAUUAUAACCUCAUAAUUCAUCAUCCAUGACUGAUCUCACAUGAACUAAGUAUUCAUGUAUGUGCAAUAGUUGCUGUCCUAGCUCAGAAAUACCAGCUUAUUGUUAUCAAGUGAUUUUACAUUUGGUGAUUAUGUAUAUCUUAUGAUUUUGCUUUCAUUUAAGCUUUAUUGCUGACAUUAUUUACAUUAUCUAAGCAUAUCCUGAUCAACACUGAUAGAUUAUGAUGAGCUAUCAAUCUUUAUAUCUGAAACAUAUUGUGAUAUUCUAGAACAUAGAUCUGUUAUUGAAUAUAUAUCAUAUCCUAGUUUCCUUCGUAUAGAUGUUGUUUAUUCCUAUGUAAUAUUUUAUGUACCAUGAUAGGAUUAAAAAAAAGAAAGAAUUGGUUCUCAGGCAAUGACUUGGGAAAAUAUAGAGCGGGUGGGCGGUAUUGUUUUGGUUUUUUUUGCUUGUUUCAACCUUGAAUGUAACCGAAUAAACAGGUGUGUACCAUCACUCUGGGAAAGGGCCUCCCUACCUACAUAAACAAGUGUACAAACUCCUAUUGAAGCCAUGACCAUAUUCAUAAGAGAUGCGCCGUAAAGCAGUGUGCAUGUAAAGGGAAGUAACUGUGUGAAAUGUUGGAUCACAUUUUUUUAAAGCAUUAUUUUUAUUUUUUUAUUUUUUGAAAAUGGAAAUAAAAACGAAACAUGCAGGAGACUUUAUGAUGAUGCGGGAUAGGUGCCUGAGAACCAAGACUAUUAUUUUGUUAGCCAUAUAGUUCCGCCGAUUGUCGUUAUGGCUUUCAGCUGAAGGGGAAAGUCUUUUACUUCUUGGAAGUUUUGUGGGGUUUUAGCACAAAAUUUAAAAAAUAGUAUUGUUUAAAAGGCAAACUUUGGGUCACUUUCCAGAACCUCUGUCACCAUGCCAACGGAAAGACCGCAAAGACCAAAUGAGUUGACGAGGAUGUCCAUUGAAACAAGAAGCAUUUAUUCAGCGUUACUGUUUUUGGCUCAGUAAUGAAAACAUUCUUAAUGGCUGUAUGAAGCUCGCAUUACACUGAAACAAGUCUUGUACAACAUGCAGUCUCUGUUCUGUUCUGGAGAAUUAAAUUAAGUUAGAUUAUUAAUAGUCAAAUGUCUUCAAGACUUGUGUUGUUGGCCCUGUGAUUUUCCAACAUUAACACAGUAAGAUGUAGAGAUUUCACAAGCAUCAAACUGGUCCAGGACAUAAUUCUGAUUAGCAUCAAUACUUAGUUGACAAAACCACAUCACUGUGGUGCAAGACAAAAUUACAAAUGUGGAGAAUAUUGUGUGAAAAUACACUUCCUGGUAGUCUUACUUCUUUUUACCUUUCAGAUUUCACGACAUUGUGUCCACUUUCAGUCUAAUAGUUUUUGCAGAUUGAUUAUCAUUUUAACUGUUGAGAUCAGUUAGUUAACCAGUUGUUUGAUUAACUGCCUGAGCGCUGCAGACAGAAACUGGCUGUGUGUAGCAUCUCGACACAUCGUCCUGCAUGCUGAUCUAUCAUAUGGUAAUGUUGAGGAAUAAAUUGUUGAUUAUG